CGACCGAUGAGAGGAUCGGCGGAGAGUGAUCUCAUUACAGGAAAUGAAUUUCUUAAAAUAUUUCUUGAACGUGAUGAUGCACUCAGUAGCGCAGAGUCCACGCCAAAAACCAAUGGCAUUAGAACAAUACGCAGGAGUGAACCUGACCAAAAUAGUGAAAUUGGUACACAGCACAAUAGGAACACCCAUAAACGUAAUGUAGAUCAAACGGAAAAGGGAGCAAAUGCAAAUUUCAAAAAUGCAGAUGACAAACAAGUUGUUAAGUAUGUUACAUCUGGUAGUAAAAUUAUAUUUCUGGAAGAAUAUGAUGAUGAUGAUGCAGUUGUAGAUGCAGUGGCACGUGAAAUUGAUCUACAGAAGGAGAAAAUUAAUACCAAAAAUAGUUCUCAACAGAAGCGACAACCAACAAAUAAACAACAAACACAAAAGUCACAAAAUAAUGAUGAAAUAAAGGUUGUUGCUGUGAGUGUUUCAUCGUCAAGUAAACGUAGUAGUGCUGGCAGUGUGAGAACGUCAGAUGAAAUUAAUAAAAUUGCAGAAAAAACGAAACAUGCAAUAACGCACGCUGUUAGCAGUCAACGACUACAAAAUAAACAAGUUGUUACCAAUACAAAAUCAACAACAGUAAAACCCACAAACAUUAUAGUAACAACGACAACGAGAACGACAACAGCAACACCAACACAAACCGCAACAACAACGAAGGCAGUUGCCAGUUUGCAUAGCACAACAGCAACACCAAUGACAGCGGUCGACUUCAUCAAUCGUUCACAUAAAAGUGAAUUUUCAAUCGAGGAAGCCGAACCAUUGACAGUGCUGAAGCAUAGAGCACGCGUCAAUUCAGCUGCCAAUUUAGAUACGUUUUAUGACACGGAUUCAGUGAACAGCGCUUCAACGAAUAUACGUAAUGUCUUAGCAGCUCCAGCAGCCGUACAACCACUUUCGGUGCAAACUGGCGCGUAUCACAGUAGCAACAGAAAUUUCACGUCUCAUAAUCAGUCGCACAUUAAUCAGGCUACGCCUUCAACACAUGAACAGGCUGGCACGCACGUUGAUAAUAGCGCCGCUGUUGGCGGCACAGCAACAGGUAGCACAUCAGCACAACCUACUGGUGUGGAAGAAAAAUUAUUGCCAUUUCAAACAGUCAUCUAUCAUGACACAAAGGAAGGCCAUGGACCACAGUCAAGAUCAAUAUCAUACAGUUCGAUUUCACAAAAUGUAGCCGAUUUGCAUACAUGGCAACAGUCUGGUGGUAUACUAGCAGAAGCACAACGUAAUGUUAGCGAAAGUUUACGUCCUAUACCACGUCCUCGUUCGCAUGUACAUACAUCGGAACCAGCAAAGUUCUAUUCAGAACCAGCGAAAAUGUAUGGCGUACCUGCUAAAUUCUAUUCUGAGCCUGCAAAAGUCUAUUCAGAACCAGCUAAAGUCUAUGGUCAACCGGAAAAAGUGUAUUCGGAACCGGCUAAAGUUUACGGGCAACCUUCAAAAUUUUAUAGUGAACCAGCAAAAGUAUACUCUCAACCAGCAAAAGUAUAUAGUGAACCCGCGAAAACAUAUUGGCCACAAGCACUUAAUAAGGGUAGCAGUACAACAACAAGUACUACUACAACCACCACCACAAAAUCACCCGAUACUAAAAGUAAUUAUUUACAUUCCACACGCCGUCCAGCAAUAGUUUCACGCAUAGCAUUUGGAGAAUCACAUACAACACCAUCAACACCACAAACCAUUCCACGACAACAUCCAUAUACUAGUACUCCCACAUAUCAGCAAAGAGUGCAGAAUAAUCCAGUAAAUUCCCAGGCACGUCGUGUAUUAUUCAAUUUAGAUAAAUUACCUUACGAUUUAUUGAAUGCUCCCCAACAAUCAUCGAAGCAUCUUUUAGACUCGAAUCAGUCCAAAACCCCACAGCCGCCAGCAACAAAUUAUGGCUUGAAUAGACAACGGCCAUGUUCGGAGUUAAAUGCGUCAACUUUAUCAAACGUGCAACAACAACAGCAGCCACAUCAGCAUAGACAUUCAUCACUGUCGGAUCAACAUUCUAAUCAAAAUGCCAAAGGAUUGCCCAACAGAGGAGAUCUAGUCAAGUGUGUUUCAAAAUAUGCUCAUUCAUCGGCGGCAUCACCAUCGGCAGUUUCUUCUUCAGCAACAGCACAGGCAACAGCGACGGGCAGUGGUGCACAAUCACAUUUUACAACUGAACGCAGUCACAUUGAAGAGUUGUACCAGCCGACCCCGGAGCAGAAUUACGAAAUCGAAGAGUCCGUAAGUGUUAUGACAAACGGACGAGCCCAUGGAGUGCAAGGCAUUAGCCCAGCAAUAACAACAACUCCGGCCACGUUACACAGUCACUUCGGUGGACGCAGUGGCAGUACAACAUAUAACACCAACGCAAAUACCAAUGUUGGCAAUGUUGAGAAUGUUGCACAUGGCAGGCAACAACAACAGCAACAACAGCAACAACCAGAACACAAACAAUACAACAGUCACAAUGACUACUAUGAUGAAGAUGAAAAUAGCAAUCACAAUCAUAAUGAAGACGAUGUCGUAGAUGGAGAUGGAGAUGAUGUGGAUGCUGAUUCAGAGGAUGGAGGUGGUAAUCACAAUAAAAAUGGUAAUGGUAAUGGCGAAGAUGAAGAUGAUGCCAAAGUUGCUUAUGUUGUUGAGGGACGCAACUAUCGUAAAUAUCGUGUCGAAGAAAAAACGGACGAUGGUUUCAUUGUUGGCGAAUAUGGAGUGGUCGACCACAAUGAUGGCAACUUACGCGGCGUGCGUUACACAGCAGACUCGACAAUUAAUCCAAGCCUAAUACAAAAAGCUUUGCUGACAUUUUUAAAACUAAAAUAGAAAUAAAUUAGACGUGAUAUAAGCAAACGAAAUGAACAGCUGAAGUCAAAGGUGUAAAUCUUAUAGUGUAUUAAGUGAGUCCAAUGUAGCAGGAGCAGCGCACAAAGUAUUUAAUAUGUAUUUUUUUUAUUUGUAUUUUUUUUUUGGAAAUAUUUAUUUAAAAAAAUCUUUUUUUUUAUAUUAAACGUAGAAUUUAAUGAAGACGAACAAAAUAUGUGAUUCAAGUUGUACUGUCGGUUAAUUUAAAGUUAUAGCAAACCUACUAGACUAAACUAACGAACAUUGUCCA